AAACAUCAUCCUUUCACCGCCAUACUUCAGUUCCAUGGCAAAAAUUAGCCCUCACCCAGAAAUCCCUCAUCUUUUAUACGUGAUAAACUUAUCAUCUUUCUAGCGUGACCGACCGACGAACGAACGGACGUCAGGCGACGACAUCAACAAUGGCGGGUAACGAAUGGAUAAACGGGUACUUGGAGGCGAUACUUGACACCGGCGCAGGUACGAUUGAGGAGAACAAGGCGUCGGCGCCGGUUAACCUAGCUGAUGGAGGCCAUUUCAAUCCCACCAGAUACUUUGUUGAAGAAGUCGUUACCGGCGUCGACGAGAGCGAUCUUCAUCGGACAUGGAUCAAGGUGGUCGCCACUCGUAAUACCCGCGAACGUAGCUCACGUCUCGAGAAUAUGUGUUGGCGUAUUUGGCAUCUUACCCGCAAAAAAAAACAGUUGGAAUGUGAAGAACACCAAAGACUAGCUAAGAGGAGGUGGGAACGUGAACAAGGCCGGAAAGACGUAACGGAGGAUCUUUCUGAGGAUCUGUCUGAAGGUGAAAAGGGAGAUGUCUUUGCAGAACCUCUGGUAACUGAAACCUCAAAGAAGAAGAUUCAGCGGAAUGUUUCCAAUGUGGAUGUAUGGUCAGCCGAUAGCAAUAAAGAGAAGAAAUUGUACAUCAUUCUCAUCAGUUUGCACGGUUUGGUUCGCGGAGAAAACAUGGAGCUUGGCCGUGACUCCGACACCGGCGGUCAGAUCAAAUACGUUGUGGAGUUAGCAAAGGCACUCGCCAGGAUGCCUGAUGUAUACAGAGUCGAUCUAUUCACACGACAGAUUUCCUCCCCUGAAGUCGAUUGGAGCUACGGAGAACCGACGGAGAUGCUCACGGUCGGAUCCGAAGACGCUGCCGACGUCGCUGAAGUCGGGGAGAGUAGCGGCGCUUACAUAAUCAGGAUCCCAUUUGGCCCUCGCGACAAGUACUUGAGUAAAGAAGUACUCUGGCCGCACAUUCAAGAAUUCGUGGAUGGGGCUUUGGCUCAUAUUCUAAACAUGUCUAAGGUUUUAGGCGAACAGAUCGGCGCAGGGAAUCAUCCCGUUUGGCCUUACGUUAUUCAUGGACAUUAUGCGGAUGCUGGUGACAGUGCGGCUCUGCUUUCUGGGGCUCUGAAUGUCCCCAUGGUCUUGACAGGACAUUCGCUCGGGAGAAACAAAUUGGAACAGCUUCUUAAACAGGGAAGACAGUCCAAAGAGGAUAUUAACUCUACUUAUAAGAUUAUGAGGAGGAUUGAAGCUGAAGAACUUUCGCUUGAUGCUGCUGAACUUGUUAUCACCAGCACUAAACAAGAGAUCGAUGAACAAUGGGGUUUGUAUGAUGGUUUUGAUGUCAGGCUCGAGAAGGUUUUACGGGCUCGAGCCAGACGUGGUGUUAAUUCCCACGGUUGUUUCAUGCCUAGGAUGGCGGUUAUUACUCCUGGUAUGGAUUUCAGUAACGUUGUGGAUCAGGAGGAUAUAGAAGCCGACAUAGAAUUAACCUCAACUAAUGAUGGCUCUUCUCCUAGAGCCGUUCCCCAAAUAAUUUCAGAAGUGAUGCGGUUCUUGACGAAUCCACAUAAGCCGAUGAUAUUGGCAUUAUCGAGACCGGAUCCGAAGAAGAACAUCACUACGCUUGUGAAGGCAUUUGGAGAAUGUCGCCCAUUAAGAGAGCUUGCUAAUCUUACGCUUAUAAUGGGGAAUAGAGACGAUAUAGACGAGAUGUCUGGCGGCAAUGCAAGCGUUCUCAUCACGGUUUUGAAACUGAUAGACAAGUAUGACCUUUACGGGCUUGUUGCAUUCCCCAAACAUCAUAAACAAAGUGACGUACCCGAAAUAUAUCGAUUGGCCGCAAAGACAAAGGGAGUGUUUAUAAAUCCGGCUUUAGUUGAGCCUUUCGGACUUACCCUCAUCGAGGCUGCCGCACAUGGCCUCCCUAUGGUAGCUACGAAAAAUGGCGGGCCAGUUGAUAUUCAUCGGGCUCUCAACAACGGUUUGCUCGUUGACCCUCACGAUCAACAAGCGAUUGCGAGCGCGUUGCUUAAACUAGUGUCGGAAAAGAUCUUAUGGCACGAUUGUAGGAAGAACGGGUGGAAGAACAUACACCUAUUCUCCUGGCCGGAACACUGUCGAACUUACUUAACGAGAGUUGCUGCUUGUCGGAUGAGACACCCACAAUGGCAAACAGACACUCCAGUCGAAGAAUUCCCGAACGAGGAAUCCUUAAACGAUUCGCUCAAGGAUGAUCAAGACAUGUCCCUUAGAUUGUCGUUUGAUGGUGACAAAACAUCUCUAAAUGAAUCACUCGAUACAACCGGGGGAGAUCCUGAAGGCAUGAAUGACCAUGUAAAGAAACUACUGAGCCGAAUGAAUAAGCCAGAACAGGGGAAGCCUCAAGAUGGUAAAGCUGUUGAUAAUGUCUCUGGGAAAUAUCCUAUGUUGAGGAGGCGGAGAAGAUUGAUUUUCAUCGCGGUGGAUUGUUAUAAUAACGACGGUUCACCCGAUAAGAAAUUGAUUAAGAUAAUACAGGCGACGUUUAAGGCGGUUAAUUCAGUAUCUCAAAAUGCUAAGUUUUCGGGGUUUGCUUUGUCUACUGCAAUGCCUAUAUCAGAGCUGAUGGCGUUCUUGAAAUCGGGAAACAUCAAUGUAAACGAGUUCGAUGCUUUGGUUUGCAGCAGUGGAAGUGAAGUUUAUUAUCCUGGGACGUAUAUUCAGGAUGGAAAGUUGUAUCCUGAUCCAGAUUAUGUCUCCCAUAUUGAGUACCGUUGGGGUUCUGAUGGGUUGAAGAAAACCAUCUCGAAGUUGAUGAGUUCAAAUGAAUCUCAUUCUUCAAAGUUCUUUGAGCAAGAUUUGGAAGCCAGUAACUCUCAUUGUCUGUCCUACAAGAUCAAGGAUCUCACCAAGGCUAGGAAGAUAGACGACUUGAGGCAGAAGUUAAGGAUGAGGGGUUUGCGAUGCCAUCUUAUGUACUGCAGGAACUCGACAAGAAUGCAAGUCAUUCCUCUACUGGCGUCUAGGUCACAAGCAUUAAGGUAUUUGUUCGUUCGAUGGAGAUUGAAUGUGGCGAACAUGUACGUGGUUCUUGGUGAGACGGGAGACACUGAUUACGAAGAGAUGAUAGCAGGGACUCAUAAGACACUGAUUGUGAAAGGUUCGGUUGAGAAAGGUUCGGAGGAUUUGUUGAGGACAAUUGGGAGCUACAUGAAAGGUGAUAUUGUUCCAGAGGAAAGCCCUUUGAUUACCUACACCACGGGAUCGAAUAUAACGCCUGAUGCCAUAGCCGAAGCUCUAAGAAAGAUAUCCAAUUCGGGUGGUGCUAUUUGAACUUGGUCAUAUUCAUACUAUUGUUAUAAUAUAAAGUGAAAGCCACUCUCUUUGCCAUUGAUAUUCUUGUGGUAGCUGCAUCAUACAUGCAUGCAGAAGAAGAGGGUUUCUGUCAUUAAUGUUAUAAAAUAAUAUAUACAAGUACAAACUUUCAGUCUU